AUGCCCAACUUCCGCCCCAGCAACAUCCUGGGCGACCCCUUUGCGCUGGCCACGCUUUCCAUCUCCAUUCUGGCCUGGCUCAUCGCCUUCGUUUCAUCCAUCAUCGCCGACAUCCACGGCGGCUACCCGAAUCUAGAUUGGUGGGCGAUUGCUUACAUGUUCUGUAUCAUUAUCGGUCUGAUCUUCACCUUCGGUACCGACACUGGCAAUCUCUACGGCGUCGCUAUUGUGGGAUACUUGGGCGCCGCCCUCGCCCUGACGUCCCUCAGCGCCAACAACACCAUCUACGGCUCCCAAGGCGCCGAACAGGCCGCUGGUGCUGGUUUCAUUCUGCUGUCCAUGGUCAUCAUCAUCUGGAUCUUCUACUUUGGCUCCACCCCCCAGGCUUCGCACCGUGGCUUCAUUGACUCUUUCGCCCUGAACAAGGAACAGCCUGGAUCGUACCGUGGCAGCCGCCCCAUGUCCAGCGCGUUCGGUGCUCGCCCAGAGACUAUGGCUACUAGCAACACCCCGCAGAUGUACACUUCCGCCCAGCUGAGCGGCUUCGAGACAUCUUCUCCCGUCUCCGGAUACCCCGGUGGAGCCCCCGGCGCCGAUCGCGCUUCUACUCAGCCUAGUCGCUUCGGUGGCAGCAGCCCUGCUCCUGCGAACCCCUCCGCCGCUGCGCCUGCAGUGAACCCGGAUGGCAGCGAGGUCCCCCAACCAACCGAGUACCCGUACCGUGCGAAGGCCAUCUACUCGUACGAUGCGAACCCCGAAGAUGCCAACGAGAUCAGCUUCACCAAGCACGAGAUUCUCGAAGUAUCUGACGUCAGCGGUCGAUGGUGGCAGGCUCGAAAAUCGAGCGGAGAGACCGGCAUUGCGCCCUCGAACUAUCUGAUUCUCUUGUGA